GUUGUCGAGGCUGCUUUCAGGCUCAAAACGCUACUCAUGGACGUGGACCUCGACGUGGCGGUCAAGAAGUCAAGGGCUUCGGCGAACCUCCCAGCUGCUCGCCAUGGCCUGGCAGCCCGUCUGCGCCGGCCGCUCGGCGUGAUCUCGGUCAAAGGUGAGCGCAACUUGGGCGUUGAUUUCUCGUGUGGCAGGCGAAUCGCGCGCACGGUGUGCCAGGAGAAGCUGGUGCAGGCAGGGCUCCGUCAACGCCGUGUGGCGAUCCCCAAGACAGGGGCAGGGUGCAAGAAGGCUGCGCGCAAGGUCGCCAGGGCUGGCAUCGAUCCCAGCGUGACCUACGGCGUCACCGUCACUGGCUGCGCCACCAUGGAGCUGGACACGCUGCGGACGGAGUCGUUCAAGGCGGUCGCGCCCAGCGUGGCUGGACGGUCGCGCACGCUCACCCUAAUGCUGACGCCCAUGCUCGACCCGAUGAUCAGAGCCACGCUCCUGCCCACCAUGAUGCUGCUGCGGGCGGCCUGGGAAAGCUGGAUUCCCCAGCACACCAUCGACUACGGCAUGGCUUGCUGCCAGGUCCAGAGCCGGAACCAGGUGCGUGGGCCCUUUCAGUGCGGUGCGGCUCACCCUCGAGCGGGUCGGUUUGCAGGUGGUCAACGCCACCACCUGGCGCACGCACGAAGGUGCCGACAUCAAUGCUUUCGAGCUGGCCCCAUGGAUCGUCAGGCGUCUCCUGUUGCGCGCAGUGCAGGCGUGGCAGUGGCGCGAGGUCAGCAAGGGUACUGGCCUCGAGCACCUGGCCAACGGCGGCGUCUUCGAGCCCUCGAUCAAGGUGACCAUCACUGGCGCCGUCAGCCGCAACGGCGUCUUCGGGGCACAGCUGCAAGUCACGGCGGCCAAGGACCAGGGCCCUGCGCGGCGAGCUGCCGCGUCGGCGCGCAUGACGCUCGACGGGAGGCUGAGGGCCUACACCACGUUCUGGUUCUCUACGAGGAGCAGGACGACUCGGACGGC